AUGCACGCACCGGAGAAUGGGACUGCCCAAAAAACCUCUGCAGAGUCCAAGACGACCGAAGGGACGUCUCUUGGAUCGGCUCCGUGGACAGUGAAACCCCGGCUUCCAUCUACAUCGCCAGCGCUCAGCUCUCUAGGAAAUGCCGAACAGACUUUUACCGCGAAGCCGCUGAAUAUUCAACGACGAAAAGAAGCACCCUGGAAGAUUCGCGAUGAUACGGUGUACGAGAAACUAGAACAGGUUGGUGAAGGCACCUACGGUGAAGUCUACCACGCCCGGAACCGAGAGACAGGACAAGAGGUAGCCCUUAAACGCCUCCGUAUGGCCAAUGAACGGGAAGGAUUCCCGCUGACAGCAUGCCGGGAGAUCAAAGUUCUGCGGGAGCUGCGGCACGAGAACAUUGUGAACUUAAUUGAGAUGGUAACAUCUAGAGGCCAAGGCGGUACCCAGACCAACCGCAAAGGCGAUAUCUUCAUGGUGUUUGAAUAUAUGGACUACGACCUCACGGGUUUAAUGGACACGCCAGAGAUUCACUUCUCGGAAGCACAGGUCAAAUGCUAUGCGCAGCAACUCCUCCGUGGUCUUGCAUAUUGCCAUGCGCGGGGCGUUAUGCACCGGGAUAUCAAGGGAAGCAACAUACUGAUUAGUCGCGACGGCAAAGUGAAGAUCGCUGACUUUGGACUCGCUCGCUUCCUCGGGGAAACCGGGCGUCGCUACACCAACCGGGUGGUCACGUUGUGGUAUCGAGCACCGGAACUGCUGCUCGGGGAAAACUGCUACGGUUUCGCUGUGGAUAUCUGGUCCGCUGGCUGCCUCAUUCUGGAAAUGUUGACCGGGCGCCCGGUCUUCCCAGGCAAAGAUGAAGUUAGUCAAGCAAACUUGAUCUUUUCGCUCCUGGGAACACCGACAGAGGACCAGUGGCCUGGAUACCGCUCUUUGCCGUAUGCGAGCACCAUUUUCAACGCUGUACCCGAGGCCAAGCAUUACCCGAACGUCUUUCGGACGGUUUUCGGAAGCAAGGGCUUGAGUUCCAUCGCCCUGGAUUUCGCCGAAAAACUCUUGACAAUUUGUCCAGAAAGGCGACCCACAGCCGCUGAGGCGCUCCAGCAUCCGUGGUUCACGACGGAGCCACUGCCGUGCCGACCGGAGGAGCUCCCUCGAUAUGACUCUGUACAUGAGUAUCAGGCUCGCAAACGACGCCAACUGGAGCGGCAUGCCCAGGGUGUCGGAGGAAUCGCGCCCAACGCAGGAGCAGCACUGGCUAUGCAGGCGCGGCAGGGUCCAGUGCCGUCCCAUGGUCCCCUCCGGAUGGCACAAGGAGGCGUCCCAGCGGCACCGGUAGCCAAUAUUGCCUAUGGCGUGCGGGGUUCGGCGCCGGCGGCGACGACGGCGGCGGCCAUGCGCAGCGCCGUAACCUAUACCAACCUUAGACGUCCAGAUUCCGCAGCCAGGACGCCAGCAUCCGCACCUCUUCGUGCAUCUGAAUUGUCCCCAGGGGGGUACAAUAGCCUUGCUCGGCCGGGAGCGAAGCGAAACCCUCCGGAGAAUCGGCCGGAGCCCUUGAGUCGUGAAUCGAAACGUGAACGAAGUCAAUGA